UCACAGUCAUGUUACCUUCAGUGAAACUACUCGCGAGUGUGUUAAUUCUGUUCAAAAAAAAGUAUUGCAGCAAUAGAGUGACUCAUUUUCGACCAACUUGCGGUGCACCCUAAUGUUGUUUAAUUGUUUUGGUGGUGCUGUGUCCACUGAGACUGAAGAGUGGAGAGAUUAAAUGUCGCUGGAACAUUCUGUGUGGAAAUGAUUCACAAUAGUGGAAUUCCCUGCUGCUGCAGAGCUUCUCCAGGAGUUUAAUUGGCACAUUUAUCACAUUGACAGAGACAGACAGAGGAAGAGAAAGAGAGAAGGUAGGAUGUGAAUACACCAACCUGAAAGUUCUACUCAACCCUGCUCGAUCAACUGAAUGUGUUAUCAUCACGUUUAAUUCAGUCGUGUUGUUUUCGUUGCAGGCUUGGCUUUUGUAUAGGCACGUAAGGUAAACUUCAGUCAGGUCUUGAAUGUAACUCACUGCAAACAGUCUGGGAAAGAGGCUGAAGACACACCACAGGAGGUGAACUCACUUUUGAAGAUAAACAAAAACGGGCAGAAGGAGGAAAGAGUCAAAAAUAAGUGCAACAGGCCUGAACCGGAAGCCUCAUGGCCACCAACAACACUGCUAGCAUUGCUCAGGCUCGCAAACUGGUGGAGCAGCUCAAGAUGGAGGCCAAUAUUGACAGGAUAAAGGUCUCCAAAGCAGCAGCAGAUUUGACAUCGUACUGCGAAGCCCAUGCUAAAGAGGAUCCUCUGCUGUCCCCUGUGCCUGCGUCCGAGAACCCCUUCAGGGAGAAGAAGUUCUUCUGUGCCAUCCUGUAACCAGCGCUGCCCAUCCAUGGACUCACCUGCUCCCUCUGGGAUACACUCAUGGACAUAAAACAUGUUGAUCUUUUAAAAGGGCUGGAGAAAUGCAGUGGAGAACCCUUAAAUUCUCCCAGCUCACUAUGAGCCUCCAUUACAGCCACUGACUCCACCUAGUGGCCUUGAGAUCCAAAGCUGAGCAUGGUUAAAAGAAUGUGUUGAAAUUCGCGAGGGAACGUAGCAAAAAAACAUGAGUGACUGUCAUUGUAGCAGAUCAGCCAGGAUGUGUCGUGAAAAUAUUCAAGUAUUCAAAGGUUCCUGUGGUUCUGAUGAAGUAUUCAAAUUCUUUUUCUUUAUUGAUUUUUAGUGGGCUGCGAUCGUAAAUCUGAUCACUAAUCGUAGAACCCAUGGAUUACUAAAGUUGCUGUGUUAUUUCUGUAUUUUCUUUUCAGUUUCUUUUUUUCCCCAGAUGGAAUUGCUAUAUGCCUACCAUUUAGGUAGCGUUCUGUAGCCUAGCGUUCUUGUGGAGACAGAAAAACUUUAAUUUAAAGAAUGACAGUUUAGUGAAAUUUUGUAAUGAAUUCAUGCUUGGACAGAUAUUCUUCAAAUGAAAUACUUAUCUUUUA